AUGACCGUCUUGUACGACAAGUUACAAAACAUUGAGGCAGAGAUUGACCGGUUAUGCUUAGAAAAGAAACUGAAUAUGGAAGCCGAGUAUCUCAAAAGAAUCAAAUGCAAGAAGUCUCUCCGAUGUUAUGUCAAGGUUGCUAUGAAGAAGGGUAUAUUCAUACGCCUUGAUAGUAGAGUGAUCAAUGACUAUAAGAAUGGAGGGCAAAUGAAGUUUUCCGAUGUUGUGAAAAGAUUCUGUGUUAUAUUUGAUAGCUCUAUUCCUACAACAGCUGAUAUUCACUUUGGGCCUUCCUCUGGAUCGGAUGAAAGUGAUAGGGGUAUGGAAGAAGACAUGACUGGGGAUCAAGAAGGCCAACUAGGACAGAUGAAAUGUAAGAAUAUGUCCAUGGAAAACUUCUUCGAAUGGACAAAGUGUAAUGGAGACGCUGAAGCGUUUGAGGUGAACAGUGAUAAAAGCCCGAAGACCAUAAGAUUGAUGUUCGACCUUGAAAACCCAAGAGAAAUCUUCAGAUUGUCUCCAAAGCUGAGUAAUAUCCUGGGGAGAUACACAGACACAAAGCCAAAUGUGAUAACACACUUGUGGAGAUACAUAAACAAGAGCGGAUUGAUGUCUAUUGACUCGGAUAUAGUUGAAUGCAAUCCCUUACUGAAAGAUAUUCUUGGAGUGGACAGAUUUUCAUUUCCCGAACUUCCGGGGCUUGUGGCUCCACAUUUGUGUGCUUUGGACUACCUGAUAGUUGAUAUCCCCCCGGUCGAUGAGUACACCGAGAUAUUUGAUAUUCCAUUUGAAUGGGAUGACCUACACCAAUAUCCUACGCUUUAUACCAAAAAAAUCCAUGCGCUUGACAGAAAAAUUGAAUCUCUUAGGCAGCUGCUGAAGAGGUGUGAAGAAAGAGAGAGGGUGCUAAAUGAAUUUGAGAGAGAUCCUACUGCAUUUAUCAACAGGUGGAUAUGCAUUGAUAUGAACGAUGCGUGCCAUAGAACACCUCUUUUUUGUAACAAGGAUGUGCAGGAAAGGGUCUUUGAGUUGUUGAAGAGACUAGAGUAA